AUGAGGAUGGUGAAGAAGCUUGGAGGAUGGAAGCAGAAACUGUGGAAGGGAGUAAAGUUGGAUCUGUUGCUGUUUGGGAUUCCAAGGGACAUGACGAGGAUAGAGUUCAAGAACUGUUGUGACAGGGAGGGACUGCACUGCCUAGCAAGGGGACAAGUAGGCAGAGAACAUGAACACUUCCGGGUGAAAUUGACCAAGGGAGACAGCCAAGAGUGCUUGGGGGUUGAUAUCGAGAAGCUGUCGAACUACGUAAGGAAGUUUGGAUGGAGGGUUUGCAUCGCGAACAUGAUAGAAACAGAGAAGGUAAGGAGACAAGAGGCGAGGGCGACGGAGGCGAAGAAAGGACCGAGCAGGGCAGUCGAGCAAGCAAGUCAGAAGAAGUCCGAGAAGAAGCGGAAGGCGAACGAUAGAGUGCGCAAAAUCUCCAAUAGGGAAAAGCGCAAGCUGAGAGUCGGGUCGUGGAACGUGUGCGGGUUCGCAAGGAGUGAGCGCAAGCGGUUGGAAAUAGUGGACCAAGUAGAACAAAGCGAUCUAGAUGUAGUGGGGAUCCAAGAGACGUGGGAAUUGAAGGAUGGUGACGUGGAGACAAGACUGACCCAGGAAACUACAGGGGGGAUCACACUGUUGAACACAGUGGGAAAAGUGUUCUGUGAGCUGCUGAACGAUAGGAUAGUGGGAGUAUUGGAGAAGGAACAUAGCAUUAGUGAGGGCCAGGCAGGUUUCCGCAAGAAGAGGGGGUGCGUAGACCACGUGUUCACGGUAGGGAGAAUCAUCCAAGGUAGAAAGAGGGCGAGAAAGCCGACGCACUGCUUCUUCCUGGAAAUGAAAAAGGCAUACGACACCGUAUGGAGAAAUGGGUUGUGGAAACAACUGUCCAAAUACGGGAUCAAGGGGAAAAUGUGGAGAGUGCUGAAGAAGAUGACAAGAGUGCACGAAAAGCGUGGUCAUGUUAAACGGACAACUGUCAAAAUUCUUCGACAUUGAGCAGGGGGUCCCACAAGGUUGCACGCUGUCCCCAACAUUGUUCC